CAGGUGACCGCCGGUGCCGAUGGCGGGUCGGGCCUGUUCGCUGCUCUGCCUCCUGGGCCUCCUGCCCGGCCCGCGGGCCGCCACCUACCCCCUGCACGACAGGCGCGGCCUCGGCUCGCAGUUUGACGGCAUCGGCGGCCUGAGCGGCGGCGGGGCGACGUCCCGACUUCUCGUGAACUACGCAGAGCCGUUUCGCAGUCAGAUCCUGGACUAUCUGUUUAAGCCAAACUUUAGCGCCUCUUUACACAUCUUGAAAGUGGAGAUUGGGGGUGAUGCUCAAACAACAGAUGGGACGGAACCUUCACACAUGCACUAUGAGGAUGAUGAAAACUACUACCGAGGAUACGAGUGGUGGCUGAUGAAAGAAGCUAAGAAGAGAAAUCCCAAUAUUAAAUUAAUAGGGCUGCCCUGGGCCUUUCCUGGCUGGGUUGGUCGGGGGAAGAAUUGGCCCUACGAUUUUCCAGAUGUAACUGCUUAUUAUGUUGUCUCCUGGAUCCUAGGUGCCAAACGGCAUCAUAAUCUGGAUAUCGAUUACGUUGGGAUCUGGAAUGAGAGACAUUUCGACAUUAAAUACAUCAAGCUACUCAGAUACACCAUGGACAAAAUGGGUCUAGAGCAGGUGAAAAUCAUAGCAAGUGAUAAUUUGUGGGAACCAAUAUCCUGGUGUAUGCUUCAUGAUACUGAGCUCUUUGCUGCUGUCGACAUUAUUGGAGCCCAUUACCCUGGAACGCACUCAACCAGUCUCGCUCGGUUGACUGGGAAGAAGCUGUGGUCAUCUGAAGACUACAGCUCUGUCAAUGAUGAAGUUGGAGGCGGAUGCUGGGCUCGAUUGAUUAACUGGAAUUAUGUGAAUGGGAACAUGACCUCCACCAUUUCAUGGAAUCUCGUGGCGAGUUAUUACAAAGAGCUGCCUUUUGGGCGAGACGGACUGAUGACAGCUGAUCAACCAUGGAGCGGGCACUAUGAAGUUCAGUCACCUAUUUGGAUUACAGCGCACACCACACAGUUCACUCAGCCAGGAUGGUAUUACCUAAGGACUGUUGGAUAUUUGGAGAAGGGUGGCACUUAUGUGGCUCUCACUGACGGGAAAGGAAACCUCACCGUUAUUAUUGAAACUAUGACCCAUAAUCAUUCCAUCUGCAUCCGGCCUCCACUCCUUCCUUUUGUGGUGCUGAAACAGAAUGCGACUUUUGAUUUACAAGGAUCCUUUAAACAACUGAAACGUUUACAAGUGUGGCAUUCCAAAUUUGACUUCGGCAAUAAGAGCUCAAAGUUUUUCACUCGACAACCUGCAAUCAAGGUAGUCAAGGGAUCAUUUACUGUGUCUUUGGAUUUGGAUGAAGUUUACACUUUCACCACCAUCACUACCGGAACUCGGGGCAGUUUUCCUUAUGUACCUUUAUCGCAGCCAUUCCCCAAAGUGUAUAAAGAUGAUUUUAAUGUUGUGGAUCCACCAUUCAGCGAAGCGCCUAACUUUGCCGAUCAGACUGGAGUGUUUGAAUACUUCACAAACUUAAAAGACCCAGGUCAACACGUGUUCACUUUGCGUCAGGUUGUGACUCAGAGACCAAUAACAUGGGCGUCUGACGCUGACAAAGCUAUCAGUGUUAUUGGUGAUUACAACUGGACAAAUCUGAAUGUAAGCUGUGACAUUCUAAUCGAGAAACCCAAGACUGGAGGUGUGUUUAUUGCCGGAAGAGUUGACCAAGGAGGGGAAGUUAUUGAGAGCACCAAAGGCCUGUUCUACUGGGUCUUUGCUGAUGGGACGUACAAGGUUACAAAUGACCUCUCUGGUUUGAUCGUGCUGGCUUCAGGUCUGUCCGGUACACGAUCAGGAAUAUGGCACACACUCACGCUCAGCAUUCAGGACAACCUGGCCUCAGGAUUCCUGAAUGGCUACCCACUGUGGAAGGAUGUCCAAGUAGAGCAGCCAGACAACGGCUGGGCAGCUAUUGGCACGAGCACGUUCGAAACGGCUCAGUUUGAUAAUUUUCAAAUCCAGGCCAGCUAAAGGACGAAGAUAGACACAACGUUCUCAGGAACGUUGAGCUUCACCGGGAAUUGGCAACACAGGCCUUGAGUUUUUGUUGUGUUUCUAAUCUUGGGGAAUUGCCGUUGUCGAAUGAUACCCAAGUGUGGCCCUACUGCUUUCGUGAAGUCACUCUAUAGUGAUGCUAAUUAGCAUUAAUUCUCUAAUUGGACAAGAGCUUUACCUUGUUUUUGCAAAUCACUGUUUAUUCCAACCCCAAUACCUUGGUGUUACUAUGAACCUUAUGUUGUCCAUUCCUCGUUCUCACAAACUCCGCACACCACACUGAACCAAAGCGAGCUCGGCCGAUCUGUCCACCUUUAGUGAGGGGCGAGUCAUUGAGGCAUUUUUCGAGUUUGAGUGAGGCCUGGAGGGAGGAGAGGAAUAAAGUUACAUUCAGCCCCAAAUCAAACCGAAGAGGAGAGCCCCAAACCUGUCACACAGACUUGUGUAAAGGGAAGUUACUCUCACACUGAAUUCAAAUGAUGCAUAGAAAACCUUUAGCGCCAGAGAUGGCAAACGGGAACUUAAUUCUUUACUUAUUGCAGUUCUCUGAAUGUGGGUAACGUAGACAAGUAACUGCACACCUUUCAGAAAAUUACUUUCACAAAAGGCUGACAGUAAUAGGUCCGUUUCUGAUUAGAAGGAUUGUAAGGCAAAUCUCAAGUGAGCAAUAGGCACAUUACCUUUGGCAAUGGCUACCACUAAUGGGAUUUCCCAUGUAAAGGUGCAUUUCCAAGGACCUGUGUGUAACUUUUACCCCUAUGUGCCUGUUAAAGAAAAGAGAUUAACUUUAUUAUGAAGGCAAACUUCACUGGAAUUUUUGAACACAUUGAUGCAGUCUUAAUUGUGUCGGAACAGAAUGUAUAUUGCAGCCUUUAAAGUGCACUUUAUUAACAUGAAGCACCUCAACACAGUUGAUGAAUUCAGAUCAGUUUAUUGAAGUUUCAGAACCAUGAGUAAUUAUCCAGAGUUAGGUGGUGUGGGCAUUGUAUAAAGCCCAUCAUGUCCACUGUUGUACCGCGGAUUAUAAAUCAUACUGUGCAGGAAUGAGAGCAAUACAUACACAUCUCCACUCAGUUCCAAUAGUAGUUAAAGCACCUUUUGUACUUGUUAUUGCAGCUGUAGAAUCUUUGUGAGAUUUUCUUUCCUUUAACCUUUCCCGACACCUUUAGUUGGAGUAGUGAAGGGUUAAGAGGAUUAUAACUGAAGUUUUCAAAAUGGAUGGGUUUGGGUAGUGUAAAAGGAGAGAUGCUGCUUCUGCUAUUAUUUUGGAAAAAUAAUAAUAAUAAUACUUGCAUUUGGUAUAACACCUUAUCACGUCUUCAAGAAGUCUCAAAGCGCUUGUCAGGAUAUAUUGUAAAGCGUAGUGACUGGAUUUGUGGGCAAGUCAGUAACAAGAGAGCAUAAAUUGACUUAACUCUAGAAGGAAGAAAGAAGAAAUGUUAGAAGGAAUGUUUUCGCAAGGAGGUUAAAAUGUGCAAUGCCUUAUCACAAAUACCUGUUGACAUUGAAUCCAUAACUAC